GUUAGCGCCAUGUGUCCUGGCGUUGUUUAGUGUGACAGAAGAACGCCAAAAUGGCGAGAAGAUGGUACACAAAUAGGCCUAUAGAAAAUUCAUGUAGGCUGAUGUGAUCACAAAAACAUGUCUACAUUGCAUCUUUCCCCUGAGUGGCAGUCGGACAAUUCCCUGCUGAUCUGCCUGAAACAUCUGUUUGAAACAAAAAUUGGCGCGGAUGUGAGAUUUUUUGUCGGAGAGAAACAGGACGUUGUGAUGGGGCAUAGGAGUAUCCUUGUAUGUCGUAGUCCGGUUUUCUGUGACAUACUGACGACACAGAAACCGGAUCCUGUCCUUACCGAGUGGUCAAUUAAAGUGACCAAUACUCCAAAGAAUAUCUUCAAUAUAUUCCUUAGGUACCUGUACACAGACAGUGUUUACCAGGAGAUGACAGAACAAACUGCCAAGGCUUUGAUACGUCUGGCCCAGCAAUACCGCGUCAACACGCUAGUUAGUUACUGCAGAGGAGUCUUAAACAGGAAUAUGUGUCAAGUACAGAAGGGCACAUCAGAGUUUGAGGAAAGUACUUGUAUAUCUGAACAAAGUUCUGACAAUACCAGCCAUGUCUCGAAAGUGAUAGACAGAAAACCCACAGCUAUAGGCCGGGUAGUACAUUCUGUUUGUGAUAACAGUAUGUACUUAGUAAAAACUAGUGACAAUACCAGGAAUCAUUCACAGACAGCCGAGGGAGUUAAUUCACAGGAAGUCAGGACGAUAUGUGUUUAAAUAGUACAACUGAAAACCAAACACAGGACAAUAUCCCCGACAUUGCGCCACAGAUAAGCCACAGAAGUAAAUUUUUCACUACAGAUGCUGAAGAUAAUCAGACAAUGCAUGUUAAAGUGGAAAUCCAAGAUGGAGAUUUUGGCAAUAAUGAGAAUACUUCACACAGUUCUGUGUUAGAAAAUUUUCAGGUCAGAAAUCAUGAUGAUGGUACUUCACAGAAUGUUUUUUCAGAAAAUCAUGGUGUGGACAAAAGAUACACUGGCAAAACUUUGCAGAAUGUGAAUAAAAGCCAAGCACAGUACAUAAAGACAGAAAUUGUGGAUGAAUCUUUAAGCCCUCCACAAGUCGGUGUUGUGAUGGAAAACCUUGAGGAUGGGAGUUACCAGUACCCAGGAAUAAUCUCACAUAAUCUUACACAGCAUAUCAAGGAAGAAUUCCCCGACGAGGAAACUAUGGAAGUUGAAAAUCACAAUGAAAGAGAUUAUAUUGUGAGUAAUUCAGAGGAAAUGGACAUGAUGAAUGUACAGGAUGCAGGAGGGGAGAUAACUCAUUCAGACAGAAAUUAUGCACAGAAUGAUGACGAAACUCUGAAGAUGGAAAUUCAUGAUGACAGAACUGAUACAGACAAUGAUGAAACAGACAUGGACAAUGUUAGAUGGCAGCCCGGUGAUAAAGUACAAGUUGUGAGAGUCAGCAAAGAUGUAUUUCCGGCUGGGCAGUCUCCAAGUACAGAUGCUUCGUCGUCCAAGCCUUGUCAGAUAUGUGGUGGGAUAUCCGACGGAGUUCACUUCGGGGUAACCUCAUGUAUACCCUGUAAGACGGUUUUUGCCACAACUGGAAUCUACAAAUGUGCCGGCGAAAAACGCUGUGAUUUGACCCGGAAUGGAUGUAAAUACUGCCUGAUAGAGAAAUGUGUCGCGGUUGGGAUGUCUAUGCACGCGUCCGACAAGAAAGACUCGAAGAAAAGGACAGAAACGUUAUUCCUUCCUGGUACGCGAUCCCAUCCCUCCCGUUCCUCAUUCCCUGGCCAACAGAAGGUCAGCGUACAUGUUAGUAGAGGUGAUGCUACACAGCCCCCCACGAAAAGGUUUAGAAGUGUUACAGAGGAGGAGCUAAUGAGAAAUGAAACCUCGCCACAAUCCAAAAGUACCUACCGGAACACCCAGUGGGGCUUACGGAUUUUUCAAGAUUGGCUGUCCGAGAAAAGACUGUCAGCAGAUUUUGAAAAUGAGCCUGUCGAAGAAAUUGCAUCAAAGUUGAGGCAAUUUUAUGCAGAAGUUGUAAAUAAAAAAGGUGAAAGAUACUCCAAGUCAGCUUUGAUCGGUGCAAGAAGUGCCAUUAAUCGCCAUCUUAACAGUCCUCCUUUCAGUAGAAACAUAAACAUAAUGAAGGAUCCAAAUUUCAUAUCAGCAAACACAGUCCUUCUAGGAAUAAUUGAAAUGAUGAAAGAAGAUGGCUGUGACACCGCCAAGCAUAAAGAAGCGAUAUCCAAAAAUGAUCUGCACAAAUUGUAUGCCAAAGGUGUUCUGGCUAAUGAUUCGCCUACCCAACUUUUAAGAAAAGUGUGGUUUGAAAUUGCCUUGCAUUUUGGUCGCAGAGGUAGAGAAGGACUGCGUUCAUUAAAACAUGAUGCCUUUGUCCUUAAAAGUGAUGAUGAGGGUAGGAAGUACUUCACAAUGUCAUUUAAUGAGAAGGAUAAAACACAUUCUGGGGUCGAUAGUAGGGAAACCUUGAAAGUUAACAGAAUGUAUGAAACUUGUGACGAGUUUUGUCCAGUUGUAUCUCUGACCAAAUAUAUGUUGAAGCGAAAUCCAGAGGAUGAGGCGUUCUUUCAAAGGCCGUUAACAAACUUUCAGGACAAAGAUGUUUGGUAUGGGGCACAGCCACUUGGUAUUAAUACCUUGUUAAAUAUGAUGUCCAUUAUCAGCAAGGCGGCAGGUCUAAGUCAGGUAUACACAAACCACUGUGUCCGAGCCACUACAGCAACAAUGUUGGCACAUGCCGGAGUUGACAGUAGAGGCAUCAUGUCUGUAACUGGUCAUAGAAAUCAGAAAUCCCUCCAAAGUUACAUCAACACCCCAUCGAUUGAGCAAAGACAUCAAUAUAGCUGUGUUUUACAGAGCAGCGCAACUGGGAAUUCUUUGAAUCAGGUGGCACUUCAAAACACUAGUACUGCUCCUGCUCCAAUACCCACAGCCAUGUCAAAUAGUGCGUCAAAUUUCUUGUAUGCUCAGAGUGACACUACUACAAACUCAUCAUCUCUGACCGCAGGCUUUCCCAUGUUUUCUGUAGCCACAAUUAGUGUUGCCCAGGAUGGAAACUUCACUGUGAAUAUGAAUGUAAACAAAUAAAUAAGUCCAGCAACAAUUAUACAUAUAUCAAAACUUUGCAAAAUUUGCAGUUUAAAAGUUCUGCAAGAGUAUGUGUUCAAUAUGUAUACCAAGAAUCUAUUUAAAACUAUGAAAAGUAAAAUCAAUGAAUUGAAUUUCGAAAUCUAUAGCAUUAUAAUUAUAAGUCUUGAUACUCAGCUGUUGAUCUUGCAAUUACAAGCUACAUGUAUAUUGUGUCUCCACAUGUACAUGUGUACAAUAAUGUGGAGACAUUUUUUUCUGAAUUAAAUAAGAAAUUGCUGCAUAAACUUUU